GCCUGCAGGAUUAUGUUGGAAAAGAAGAGGUUUUCGCUGAGCAGCACUUCUCUGAACAGGAGAGGAAUUCCAGUUUGGACCAAGCAGAACCAGAACCUCUGCAGAUAAAAGAAGAGCAGCAAAAGCCAGAACAUUCCUGGAUAAAAGAGGAAACCAUGGCGCUCCCUAUAAGUGAGCACGAAGAGCAGCUUGUUGAGCCUGGAGAUAAAGAAAGGAACCAUUUCCCAUGUUUGAGAUGUGGAAAAAGGUUUCUAAAGAAGCAAUAUUUAAUGGUUCACAUGAGAAUUCACACAGGUCGGGAGAUUUACAAAUGUUGGUCUUGUGGAAAAAGGUUUACCAGAAAACAGUAUCUUGCUAAACACAUCAGAAUUCACACAGGUGAGAAACCUUUCGAAUGUUUGUCCUGUGGAAAAAGCUUUACCAGAAAAGACCAUCUUGAUAAACACAUCAGAAUUCACACAGGUGAGAAACCUUUCAAAUGUUUGUCCUGUGGAAAAAGCUUUACCAGAAAAGACCAUCUUGAUCAACAUGUCAGAAUUCACACAGGUGAGAAACAUUUCGAAUGUUUGUUAUGCGGAAAAAGCUUUACCAGAAAAUACCAUCUUGAUCAACAUGUCAGAAUUCAUACGGGUGAGAAGCCUUUUAAAUGUGAGUCCUGUGGAAAAAGCUUUACCGAAAAAGGCUCUCUUUAUAAUCACAUCAGAAUUCACACAGGUGAGAAGCCUUUUAAAUGUGCGUCCUGUGGAAAAACCUUUACCGAAAAAGGCUCUCUUUAUAAUCACAUCAGAAUUCACACAGGUGAGAAGCCUUUUAAAUGUGCGUCCUGUGGAAAAAGCUUUAGACAUAAAGUUUCUCUUGAUAAUCACAUCAGAAUUCACACAGGUGAGAAGCCAUUCUCCUGUACUCUUUGUGGCAAAAGUCUUGCUAGCAAACCUAAACUGGCUUCUCACAUGAUAAUUCACACAGGUGAGAAGCCUUUUAAAUGUGUUUCUUGUGGAAAAAGCUAUACCGACAAAGGCUAUCUUGAUAAACACAUCAGAAUUCAUACAGGUGAGAAGCCUUUUAAAUGUGACUCCUGUGGAAAAAGCUUUACCGAAAAAAGAGCUCUUUAUCAACACAUCAGAAUUCACACGGGUGAGAGGCCUUUUAAAUAUGCGUCCUGCGGAAAAAGCUAUACCCAAAAAAGAGCUCUUUAUCAACACAUCAAAAUUCACACGGGUGAGAAGCCUUUUAAAUGUGAGUCCUGUGGAAAAAUAUUUACAAAAAAAGACACUCUUGAUAGACACAUCAGAAUUCACACGGGUGAGAAGCCUUUUAAAUGUGACUCCUGUGGAAAAAGCUUUACCGAAAAAAGCACUCUUAAUAAACACAUUAGAAUUCACAGCAGGUGAGAAGCCUUUCUCUUGUACUAGGUGUGGCAAAAGUUUAAACUGAAAUGAUAAUUUGACUUCUCACAAAUCAACUCAUGUGAGAAAUGUUUUCCAUCCAUGAUGCUGAUCUAAAAACAAAGAUUUAUUGAUUCCCAUAAGAAGGCUCAGCAGUUAGACGCCACAGAUAUGGACAGGAGAGACCUUUUCCAGGUUUUACCCGUGAUAGAAAGCCAUAAAACACUUAAACAUUGUUUGUUUGAAGAACUGAACAAGGUUUAAAUUUGUUUCUGUUAUUUAGUUCAAAGGUGAUGUUAUUGCUGAUCAAUUUGAAUCUGCUAGAACUUGGUAAAAAGACUUUUGGGUUAAUAAUGUAUUACAUAAAUCUUACACUAGUGUAAAAGUGUAAAGCUUCUGAUUUUUUUUUCUUUUAUUUAAUCAAGUUUUUAUUUUAUAUUUUACAAAUUUUAAACCGAACUGACUGCAAAAAUAUGUCUCUAUGGAUAUUCACUUGUAUGGAUAUUCAGUUGAAAAUCAUAUUUUCUUUUAUGUUUCUGCUUUUUAAAGAUCUUUCAAAGUAAAAUGUUAAUUGAUUUUUUUCCAAUUGUUUUGUUUCUGAUUCAGUAGAUGUUUUAAAAACCUUCUGUAAUAUAGAGAAACUAUUUUGUUUUAUGUUUUAUAGAACUAGAUUUUAUUGCAUUGUUUUCUGCACUGGAUGUUUUCCAUAAAUGUAUUCACUUCUAGAUUGAUGAACCAAGCAGAAAUAAAAACAUGGAUUGUAAAAA